AUCAAAUACACCUACACAUGGUAACUUCAAAAUUUCAUGGUUUAAAUAUUUCUAAAUACGGGGUUUCUAUCAUUCAGUCCAGGUAGAAGCUGCAAGACAGCAAGGAUGUUGAUAUCGGAGCUUUAUUUAGUAGUGAUAUUUGGAAUUAUAGCGUGUACAGGGAGUCCGACACCACGUGCAGACAGUACAAGCUGUUACACGUGCCAUAACCAUCCCCUGCACGAGCCUUGCAAUCAUACACAAGUUUGCUCACCUAAACAGGGUGUGUGCAUUACACAAGUUUCAUUUACAGAGGAUGAUACAUGGGUAACUAGAGCUUGUGCUAGAAUUACGUUAUGCGCCAACUCCGAAGAAAACAACGCUGACGAAUGUUAUUGGGAAGACCCGCUGUCUUAUGGUUUCGAGGGGAAAUGUUCGUUUUGCUGUAGCGGUGACAAUUGUAACUACAACCAUCUACCUGAAAAUCUAGCAACAAAAUUGCAAGACGACAACGAUGACGAAGGUUAUAAAAACCCACCGCCACCACCUAAACCUGGCGGCCGAACACCAGGUGGAACUACAAAGCCUAAACAUGGCGGCCGUACACCAGGUGGAACUACAAAGCCUAAACAUGGCGGCCGUACACCAGGUGGAACCACAAAACCUAAACAUGGCGGUCCUAAACCAGGUGGAACAACCAAACCUAAGCCAGGUGGAACCACAAAGCCUAAACCCGGCGGUUCUAAACCAGGUGGGACCACAAAACCUAGGCCAGGUGGAACCACAAAGCCUAGGCCAGGUGGAACCACAAAGCCUAGGCCAGGCGGAACCACAAAGCCUAAACCCGGCGGUUCAAAACCAGGCGGAAAUACAGGACCUAAACGCACAAAUCCACCCAGAACUAAUCCACCGAAAACCCAACCUCCACGAACGCAACCACCGAAAACCCAACCUCCACCAACGCAACCUCCAAAGACCCAACCUCCACAAACGCAACCACCGCAGACGCAACCUCCCCAAACGCAACCACCAAGGACAAACGGCCCUACGCGACAUCCUGGCGGACAAAGUCAUUCCGGUGGCCACAGUCAUGGUGCUGGUGGUGGCUCACAUGGCAGCGGGGGUUCUGGAAACAAUCACGGUCAUAGUGGGGGCAAUAGUGGGCAAGGUGGACCGUGUCAUACACACGCUGGACAAGGUUGCUGCAUGAAUCAUGGCGGUAUGUCAUAUGACAUAGAUGUCAAGAUACAUAUUGGCAGAGGUCAGUCCGGUGGUAAAUAUUCUGCUCAUAGCGGAAGUGGGACACAGCAGAAUCAGAACAAUUCCAAUUCCACUGUCAUGCCAUUGACGUCAUCAACAGCACCACCAGCGACUGCUACAAGUACCCAAAAACCAACAACAAAAACAGCCGCGCCUACCAGCACAGCCGCGCAUACCAGCACAGCCGCGCCUACUAGCACAGCCGCGCCUACUAGUAGCACCCCUGUUCCAACAUCACUAACUUCCACACUUCCACCAAUCACGGCAACAAGCAAAAUCACCCCCAAGAAAUUAACAGUUCAUCAGACGACAAUGACACCGUCAACUUCCACAAGCACCACAAAUCUGCCUCCACCCAGCGCCACAUCAUCCGGGGCUCCUCCUGUCUCUUCUACUAAAUCGGGAUUUACUCUCGCACCCAGAACUCAACCCCCGACAACAAAACCUACUACAACGACUACGGCAACCACCACCACGCCAACAACAACAACAACAACAACCACGCCAACAACAACAACAACCACGCCUACAACAACAACUACUCAUUCAACUACUAAAACAAUAACGACUCCAGUCAGCACAAUGCCGACGACGACUGACCCACCAUAUAUUUGCUAUGUCUGCAAAGAUCCCCAAUGUUCUAAACAAGAGUUGAAUAUAUGUGCGAAGGAUUCUCAGUUCUGUAUGACAACAGUAACGCAGCUUGCUGAUGGUACCAGGGUCUUCAACAAGGGGUGCGUGAAAGAAACACAAUGUGAAAGUCAAUGGUGGCAGAAAACUGCCGGAAGUUCCGAAUGUAUGUCCGGUAUAAUUGACGACAGUCCAUCCGGUCCCCCUAACAUGCCGAUGAAGUGUAGUUACUGUUGUAAAGAUACACUGUGCAAUGAAUACGUAAAACCCAAAAGUCCAUCAUCCUACUAUAUUGGAAAAGCUCUUCCUAAAGUUUCCGGUCGGUAAAGCAUGCGCAUGCGUGUAACGACAUUGUGUUACGUGUUGAAUUUUGAAAAGUGAUAUACAAUAUAAUCUGCUUACUCCCGAGAGAAUAGAAGUAAUCUCCGUAAAAAAUGAGUAUGAUAUAAGUCACUUUAUUAGAAAUGUACACCAUCAGACUUUUAUUUGACCUAGUUGACCUUGUUAAGAUAUCACGAAAUGAAAUAUUGUUGAAAUUAUGAUAAUUAUAGGUCGUAUUAACGAAUUCCUUUCUCUGUGUUAUUCAGAAUACCAGCUCAGGUCUAUAUUUCUAUAUAUAAUCU